GGCGGGGAAAUGGCGGCGCCGGAGGGCGGCUGUGCCGCGAUGCCCGCGGCGUGCCCCGCUCCGCCCGGGCCCUCGGCCCCCGGCUCCUGGAGCCGCUCCUUGGACCGAGCCCUGGAAGAAGCGGCGGCCAGCGGAGCUCUCAGUUUGAGCGGCAGGAAGCUCCGGGACUACCCGCGGGCCAGCGCCGCCAACCACGAUCUGAGCGACACCACCCAGGCUGAUCUGUCCCGGAACAGACUGUCGGAGCUUCCAGCAGAAGCGUGUCACUUCGUCUCCCUCGAGAGUCUUAAUUUGUACCAGAACUGCAUUCGAUACAUCCCAGAGGCUGUUUUGAACUUACAGUCUUUAACAUUUCUAAAUAUCAGUCGAAACCAGCUUUCAACGUUGCCAGUACACCUCUGUAGUCUACCACUAAAAGUUUUGAUAGCCAGUAAUAAUAAAUUGGUUUCAAUACCUGAAGAAAUUGGACAGCUCAGACAGCUGACAGAGCUUGAUGUGAGUUGUAAUGAAAUACAGACAAUACCUCCACAGAUUGGCCAUUUGGAAUCCUUGAGGGACCUAAAUGUCAGACGAAAUAAUUUGGUGCGUUUACCUGAAGAGCUUGCUGAGUUGCCAUUGAUUCGAUUAGAUUUCUCCUGCAAUAAAAUAACAACAAUACCAGUUUGUUAUAGGAACCUCAGACAUCUUCAGACCAUCAUGUUAGAGAACAACCCUCUCCAGUCCCCCCCUGCACAGAUAUGUAUAAAAGGAAAAAUUCAUAUAUUUAAAUACCUGAACAUAGAAGCAUGCAAGAUAGCUCCAGAUUUGCCUGAUUACGAUAGGAGACCCAUGGGAUUUGGAUCAUGCCACGAGGAACUCUAUUCCAGUCGUCCGUAUGGAGCACUUGAUUCUGGCUUCAAUAGUGUGGACAGCGGAGACAAAAGAUGGUCAGGGAAUGAACCAACAGAUGAGUUCUCAGAUCUCCCUCUGCGUGUGGCAGAGAUCACCAAGGAGCAGAGACUGCGCAGAGAAAGUCAGUAUCAAGAAAACCGAGGGAGCGCAGUCGUAACUAAUGGUGGAGUGGAACAUGAUCUCGAUCAGAUCGACUAUAUUGACAGCUGUGCCACAGAAGAGGAGGAGGAAGAGGUGAGGCAGCCCAAGUGCAUGGACUCAGACAGCCUCAGCUCGCAGUUCAUGGCAUAUAUUGACCAGCGGCGAAUCUCUAAUGAGAGCUCCCCAGUAAAACCCACAUCCAUCAGAGAAUUUCAGAGAACAGAGGAUACACGACGGCAAUUACAUCAAAACAGGGAUACAGAUGAAUUACGAAGACCUGAAACUCUAAAUUUGAUGCAGGACAAAGAGCAUCAUCAAGUACUAAGGAGUUAUGUGGACAGGACAGAGAGACCCCUGCCUGAUUCACCUUAUUUUCUCUCGCUGUCGAGUCACCACAGUCAGGUGCCUAACACGGACUCUGAGCUGCACCGCAGGCACAUCGAGCGCACCCGUCGGGAGGCCCAGCUGGCAGCGCUUCAGUACGAGGAGGAGAGGAUGAGAACAAAGCAGAUCCAGAGAGAAGCUGUCCUUGACUUUGUUAAGCAAAAAGCAUCCUUAAGUCCUCAGAAGCAAAGUCCCCUGGAUAGUGAGUGUCCCUUUCCAUCCAGAAGGUCUCAGCAUACUGAUGAUAGUGCCUUGUUAGUGAAUGGCUUUGAGCCUCUCUUUGUGUUUGAGAUUGACAAUAACACCAAUACCAUUAAAAGGAGGCCAGGGACUCGCAAACAGUCACUCUCAGGGCUGAACCAAGAAAGCUGUGCUACUACCCUGCCUAGUGCCUCUACCUUCAGUCCCGUCAAGAGUGAUGACAGAUCUACCAUCUCCCCUGGCUCACCUACCGCUCAGACAGUCCACCUUUCCCCUCCAUAUCCUGGCCAUGCAGCCCCGCCUUCCUAUAGAAACCCUUCCCAGCGACCUGAGAGUUUCCUUUUCCGAACAGCUGUCAGGGAUGAAGCCAAGAAAGCUGUUGCUUCAUCCUCUGCUCGUGCCUUGUCUCCUGCUAAUGAUUCUGCAGACCCUCAAGUGAGACAAAGCUCCAAACAGCGAGAGGAAGAGCUGGAGCUGAUAGAGCAGCUUCGCAAGAACAUCGAGUCGCGGCUGAAGGUGUCGCUGCCCAGCGAUCUCGGAGCCGCUCUCACCGACGGUGUUGUCCUGUGCCAUCUGGCCAACCACGUGCGGCCCCGCUCUGUCCCCAGCAUUCACGUCCCCUCCCCUGCUGUGCCUAAACUUACAAUGGCAAAAUGCAGACGAAAUGUGGAGAAUUUCUUGGAAGCUUGCAGAAGGAUUGGAGUGCCUCAGGACAAUCUUUGUUCCCCUUCUGACAUUCUUCAGCUAAACCUCAGCGUUAAAAGAACAGUUGAGACUCUUCUUUCCCUGGGGACAGAUUCAGAAGAAUCCAGUCUUGUCUCCCUUUCCGUUCAGCUCUGGGGCUUUGUGGUGUUUUACUGCACUCUAAUGCUAACGCUCUGUAUGUUCUAUCGCUGGGUCUGUUUUCUCUAGCUGGGGGAUAGUGGUGCUGCUUCCUCCCUCCAUCGCUCCGGUGCUUGGGAACAGAUUUUGGGUUUUGUCAAGACUGUGUGUACAAAGUGCUUUGUUUCCCACGGAUGGGACAGAGGUGACAGGUACAAUGUGUAAACACAUUGGGGCACCCACACGACCAUCUGUGACCUCAUUCACAUUUGUAUUUGCUGUAUCACACUGAGCAGAUAAAAUGCUUUACAAGGAGGAAGUGCAGUCCCUGGGCUAGACCUGGGGCUGAGCUGAGGACACGUGGCUGCAUUCUGUAGCUUGCUGACCCGUGGUGUAGUACUGGGAAACUGCAUUGUCAAGUUGUGCCUCUGUUUCCUCAUCUGUAUAAUGGGAAUUGCACCCACUUUGGUAAAUUUCCCGAGGAUUAUCUGAUGAAAAAUGUUAAACAAUGUGAAGUAUUUUUUUCAGUGUCAGUGUUCUUGAUGAGAUCUCACAGUCUUAGGAGACACGGUCUGGUAAGUUUUGUCCACAGAUCUUUGUAGCUUUAUUUUUUUCUAAACUCCAGUCUGUUAUCCUGCUUCUGAGAGCAUUUGAUGUUUCAAGUUUAUAGAGUCUGCUUUAUUACUUUGACUCAGGAUUUUUAAAAGAACCGUCAGUGAAUCCUGAGCUGCUUGAACUUCACAACAGUUCAAGCAGGAAAUUUUUAGAGAAAUUAAGCCCUUCAAUAGCUUUAAGUUUUCUGGCACAGAAAGAAGUUUUUUAAGAUUCUAUCAGAUGCUACAGAAUGUCAUAGCAUUUUACUGUGCUCUGGAUAAAACUUACCAAAAACUUGUUGAGUUGCCUCUGGAUCGUGGGCGCCCCAACAUAAGCUUGUUCCAUGUUUAUUCCCUUCGUCCUCUUACCGUGUCAUUUUCAGAAACCCUUGUGUGAUGCAAUUGCAGAAAUAUAAGCCCCGGCUGCACAAGCACUCUUCACUGUUUUACAAACCUCAGGAAGUCUUCCAUAAAGCUUCACAGCUUCUCCCUCCCCAGGGAAAGCAUCCUGGUGCUUUAAUGCUUUAAUGUCUCAGGGACACCUCAGAGCUUCAGGGCGCUCCUGGUGUGUGUGUGACAGACCGUGUCUCCUCAGAGUGUAGAUUGAUUCAGGGAGCUCUGCUCAGAGACCAGUGUCAGGUAAGUGUUCAGUAAAUGGCUGUUCCAAAUGUGUCUUCAAUAAAUUUCUGUUGUAUCUGCAAGUGCAGUAAAUGGCUUGUAAGCCCAGUGCAAGUGGUGUUGGCCUUCCAGCAAACACCUGGAACAACUCUGAAGCACGGUUUAAGAUACACAAGAGUUCAGUUGCAAAUGUGGUCACUACCAGUAAAAUGCGUUAUGUGUAAGUGGAUCUCACAAGCUCUUGUACCACAAAGUGAGUAUUUAACAAAGGAGCAAGUCAAAGAACUGCUGCUCUCUGUCCAAGCCACACAAAGUGUUCUGUCCAAGCCAAACAUCGCUGAGGAAAGAGGGGACCUUUGACAGGGGGAGAUUGUUUUAUUUUUAAGUAAGCUAUUUUUGCACUGCUUACUGGUAUGAACUAGAAUGAACUCGGUUCCUAUGUUUCUUAACUUCUAGUGAACACUGUGAUAAAAGCUGCAAGGGGUUUUACACGAACAGUGCCUUCCAGUUUUUAAAUUUUGUUUGUCAUUACUGUCUGUGGUAUGGAGUCAUUCCAAAGCUUUUUCCCUUAUCUGUUUGCAUACAUAAGGAAAAAAAGAAAAGGCAUAUUUCCUCAAGUUUACAAGUAUUUUCUCAAAAAGCACACUUUUUUCCAAAGUAACAUAAAUUUGCUGGAAGAAAAAUCUAUUUUAGCCUGAUCAUAUGGCUUCCUGGGAGAAUUUCAGUGUGGGUUCACUUGUUUUCUCUCCACUCGGAGCUUUGCGGGAGGAGUGUUGGCUGCCACUGUUUGUGCUGAAGGAUUUCUUUAACAUCAGAAAUCAGUAAAGGCUCAAGGAGUGGAGAAAUACAGAAAUAACACAUGAAAAAUAGUCUCUGUAGUUCUAUAGGAAGGACACACUUGGGUUGUUUUCUACAGAUACAGAGAACUGUUGGACAUGUAUCUUGACUGUUGUGGAGUGAGGAUGGCCAGGAAGUGCCAAGAACUUCUGUAGGAUGAGGCUUUAAGUACAUCUUAGAUGAGAAUAGCACAACUGUUAAUAAACACUUUGAAACCUCUUUCUGCAUUUUGCGUAUUCCUGUUACUCCUCAGAACGAUUUUGGGGGUCACCCGCUAAGCCGGGGGCACUUCUGGGGUGCGAGUGAGUGGUGGUGACUCAUUCCCUGCUCACAGCAGGGCUCCCCUCAGGCUUGUCCCAUGAGGACUCCCUCCGAAAGGGGUGUGACUUGGAAAGGAAGCUGUGCUGCUGUGGUUCCUCUCCUGCUCUGUGUUGCAGUGGGUUCAUCGUGUGGAAGCAAAGCUUCCCCCUCGUCCAGUUCAUCUGCUUUUGGUUUCACAAAACACUGGCAUGUCAGUGUGGGCAGAGAGGGAGGACAAUUUGUUAUCCUCCUAUUCUGCCACAAUCCAUUUUCAAAUUCUUAUCUGUAGAGUUUUUUAGUAAAUGGACACAGGGAUUAGCUGAAGGCCACCUUCUUUGAGUAGUCAAAGUCAUGGUUCUUUAGUCACAAACAGAAAUUUCAUGUCCUACCCCUGUGUGUGUGUGUGCUGCCUGUCCAUAACAUUUCAUUUCAGUCACCUUUUGCUUAAUUUUUUUUUUCUUUUCAGUUGAGUGGUUUUCAUCCAUUUUGUUUUUGUCUUUGUUUUGUUCCCCAUUCAGGAGCAAUUAUGUUUGCCUCUGCAUAUUUUAGAAGAGAAGGGUUUGACACAGGUAGCUGUGACUGUCCAGGCGCUCCUGGAGCUGGCACCCCCAAAGCAGCAGCCACUUCACCACUUGUCUGCUGUGUAAAGACCUCCGGGACCUUUGGGGUUACCUUGGCUAAGCAGAAGGACCUGAAGACUUUACUGCCCAUGCAGUGCAUCCAAACACACAGAGCUCUGUUCUAAGGAAAUGAGUUUCCGUGAUUCCUGACAGGAAUGUUUUACUUCAUUUCUCCAUUUUUUUUGGAGAUCACAACAGUUUCCAGUAACAUUUUUUACUAUCAAUUUUUUCGCCCCUUAUUUAAAAAAAUGAGGGUUGGGAGGAGGGCAAGGAAUUCCAGUGGCUGGCUGUUGGAGCCAGCUGUAGAAACUGACCUUGCAGGUGGAAGACAUGGAUGUAGACUUUGGAAAGCAAUUCCUAGGGGAAUUUGUAAAAAAAAGGAUGUUGCUGCAGUGGGCACAUGGGGAAUUAAAUUUCUUUCCUUACCCACAGGGUGCAAAGAAAUAAGAGUUUCUUUGCCUCCAAAGAACAACAGCUAUUUCUAUUAUAAUAUUUAAAAAGCUACAUCACACAAUCUUAACCUGCAGUGUUUGGUAACAGGGUCAAACCUCCCACAGCUGUAACUCGUGUUGGCACGUCCUCAUUACUAAAAGUUGAAGAAAAGGAAAAUUAGGGUUUUCCCAAGGGAAAAAUGACUGCAUGUUUUCUCCACCAAAAACACCUUAGUCAAAGCUACUAAAUCAGACCUGUUCUAAUGGUAUUUAAUCCCAUCAGAAUUCCCGCUGGGUUCACUUUCUGUUGGGGAUUUAACAAUGUCUUUAUCGGAACACUUUUCCGACGUCAGUGGAUGGAGAUCUCCCCUGUCUCACCGGAAUCACGUGUGUAUUUCUCUGCAGUGUGAACAAUUCCAGCCUGCCUUGCUGAUCUUUAGGGGCCCUUUAUCAUGAACCACCGUUCAUGAGGGGCUGUAGCAUCCCCUGCAGGCACAGAAUGUAUCGGGGUAAGAGCCCAGUGAGUUCCCGGGUGGGCUGGGUGUUGUCAGAGCAGGGCCUGUGCAAACACAGCUUCUCUUCGGGGGUUUGACAAGGCUUUCGAUAAAGCCCUUUGUCAUUGGAGGUUAUGUAGAGAGAUGUGGUGCUUUUACAGAACUGCCAUUACUUACUUCCUCUUUCCUUAACAUAAAAAUGGAAAUUCAGCGUACAACGUACAGGAAGGGGAGAGGCAGCCCACAAGUUUUGCAUUUUCUUGGAAAACUGAUGUGCAAAACAAGGACAGCUCUGUGUGCUCUGGUCCUAGUGACAAGGCCAAGCUCACUACUAGAUCAAUAAUGGUAAUUUUUCCCCCCCCAAAAAAAGACCUCACAAAAUCCAGCUCUCCCCCCAUGCAGUUCCUUUGUCAGGUUUUGCCCCAUUUCAAGCAUCCCAGAAUGUUAUGCCACUAAUACAUGGUGCAUCAGUGGUAUUCCAUUUGGGGAUGCAUUUGAAGCAGGAUACACUAAGAGGAUUUUAUGCAGAUAAAGGAAGAAGAAAUGGGAACAGGUCAGCUAGAAGUCAUUUUUGCAGAAGUAAACCUGUGGUGGAGGCUGCCAAGGACUCAGCUGCAUUUUUUCCCUUUUGAUUUGCAGUUUUGGGUCCACUUUGUUUUGCUUCAUGUAUUUCUUUCAAGGUCCAUUGUGUGGUGACUGUUGAAUCCCUUAUUUCACUUAAUUAUUUCGGUUGCUUCCUAUUGGCAUUGGUUGGUCACGUUGCAAGUGGAGAAAACACCUGGAGGGUGUUUAAAACUGCCCGGCUGCAAAGAGAAACCUCCUCGUGCUCUUCCUGAGCCCUGCAAGGAAUGAAAGUGCCAGUAACUCACAGUACCCACAGGAAAAGCAGCACUAGACAGGCAUUCUUUCCCCCUUAAGUAGUUCUUGUGUUUCACUUAAUUUCAUUUGUGAGGAGAAUCUCAUUCUCACAGGGAUAAUGGAGGUGUCUGAAGGCUCUGCACUUUGCUGAGGGGAAGGUUCUGCCACUCACAGGCAACAGCAUAGACACAGACACGGGUGUUCCUGGUGUGUUUGUCUCUGCACAGCAUUUGAGAUGGGGGGCACUGACUUCGUCUUGGUUUCCAACAUUAGGUCACCUGUAUUGUUACAGGGACAUGUUGCAUUUAGCAGCACACCCCUCAUGGGUUAUUUAAAUAUCCCUGUUGGAAGAAAACCAGUCCCUUCAUGGAAUUGUGAGGGUGUGGUGAUUGCUCCAGUCCAGCUUCCAGCACUUCAUAGAAUGAAACUUAAUACUAUUCAGGUUGGUGGAAGUUUGACAUUUCAUUAAUACUAGUUUUUAGGAAUUAGUGGGGCGGGGGCUUGAGUCUGGCCAGCAGGAAAGGGCUGUUUGCUGUUGCCUGUGGAUCUCAGCCGUGGCUCUGUGCGAGCCCGUGGAAGGGCUGUGUGUGCCGGGCAGGUGGGGGGUCCCCAGCACUGGGUACUUUGUUCUAAGCAAUGUUCUCUCUGGCAGUUUCAGUGUAAGGGAUCGUGUUAGUUUGAUGUUUGUAAUCCUGUGUUUUCAUGCUGGCAAGCACUAAAUCUGGUCCAGGUGUUUAGGACAAAAAUCCAAACCUGACGUUUCAUCGUACGGUCUAUUUAACGUGUUACACCAAACUGACUUCAGUUCUCUCUUGCAAAAUGGGUUGGGAUUUUCCAGUGUAUUUAUGUGCAAUUUUUGUUGUAUCCCAUGAAAAGAAUAUUGAAAGAAAACAUGUAUAAAAGUUCUUUGUUAAAGAGGUGAUUGUCUUUCCUCUCUGGGGUGUUUGUGUGUGAGGAUGUGGGAGGGACCCACCUGAGUGUUCUGUGCUGCUGAUGUUCCUGCACUGACUCCGUGGGGUCACCAUCCAUCCUCAAACCUGGGGAGCCCUUGGCAGCAUCUGAGGCUCAGUGAGGUCACACACUCCAGAUGGAGCAUUCCGGGCACUCAGGAGCCCUCCUGGCACUGGGGGGUCGGGGCAGAGCAGAGUUUGGCUCUUCCCCCUUUGAAGGAGGCCCCACCCCCAGUGUCCUGCUCAAAAUCCAUCAGAGACAACUCUUUACAGCACCAGAGCACCUCUGGCGUAGCGCCUCUGGUAGCAGCAGGAUGGCAAAUGGUGUUUUUACCCUUUUAUGACUAUAAAUGGUUCUUUGAAAAACUGUUUCAGAAACAGAGGACUUGAAAGGUGAAUUUGGACAUCUAAAAAAUGCUUUUGUAUAGAUACUGUGAUGUUUUACAAAGUGAUCUAAUUUUGUUAUUUCUGAAAACAGUGUAAACGUGUAAUUAAUAGAGUAAAGGAUUUUAAAGCUUCAUCCUGUGCUGUAUGUCUGUAAAUACAUUCCAUAAUUUCUGUUACAUAUAAAUGUGUCUGAAUAUUGUAUAUUUUAAAUUGCCUGUAUUCUGCCAGUAGUGUGAACUUCUAGCACAUUGAUAAUAUAAAAGAAAACCAUGGGUAUUUGAAAUAAAGUUUUAAAACUUACAUGAA